GUUGGAGCUAAGCAGUUCUGGCCUCCGGGUGAGGCUCUCCAGGCCUCGCCCAGCGCUCUUGGGCCCCGAGGGUGAAGUCACAGCUUAGUGCUGCUGAGGGCAUUUGGCUCAGGUCACAGCACGAGUACCAUGCCCGUGACGCUGGGUUACUGGGACAUCCGCGGGCUGGCCCAUGCCAUCCGCCUGCUCCUGGAGUACACAGACACCAGCUAUGAGGAGAAGAGAUACACCAUGGGGGACGCUCCCGACUAUGACAGAAGCCAGUGGCUGAAUGAGAAGUUCAAGCUGGGCCUGGACUUUCCCAAUCUGCCCUACUUAAUUGAUGGGACUCACAAGCUCACCCAGAGCAACGCCAUCCUGCGCUACAUUGCCCGCAAGCACAGCAUGUGUGGGGAGACAGAAGAGGAGAAGAUUCGUGCGGACAUUUUGGAGAACCAGGCUAUGGACAUCUCCAAUCAGCUGGCCACAGUCUGCUACAGCCCAAACUUUGAGAAACUGAGGCCAGAGUACUUGGAAGAACUCCCUGGGAAGAUGAAGCUCUUCUCUGACUUCCUGGGGAAACGGCAGUGGUUUGUUGGUAACAAGAUCACCUAUGUGGAUUUCCUCGCUUAUGAUAUACUUGACCUGCACCGUAUAUUUGACCCCAAGUGCCUGGAGGCGUUCCCUAACCUGAAGGACUUCAUUUCUCGUUUUGAGGGCUUGAAGAAGAUCUCUGCCUACAUGAAGUCCAGCCGCUUCCUCCCAACACCUUUAUAUACAAAGGUGGCCACAUGGGGCAACAAGUAGGGCCUUGAAAGGGCAGGAGAUGAGAGUGAGGAGCUCAUUCUCUUCUUGCUGCCCAGGGCCCAGCCUGACUAUCCUGCCUGUUGGUGGCUGUGUCUGCUUUGAAGAGCAGGGUCAGCACCCUCUCCUUGAAGCUUGGCACACCCCAGUCCCAACCCCAGGGGUGCCUGGAAGACCAGUUUUGCGUGGUGGGUAACCCUGUGCCCCUGUGAGAUCCCUGCCCCAGUCCUGUGUGAUCUGAGUAAAGUCCGAACCACACUUGCUCUAUUUUUGUCUUUCUGUAUCUGGCUGCACUUGACAGCUGGUACUGCUACUUCCAAGGAACUGGGGGGUGGCUGGCUUCACGGAGGGAAGGAAGGGUUUUGAGAGUUCCUGGUCCCGCGUUUGAUACCCUUAGAUUAUGCAGCCCCGUGAGAGAUCCUGUAGACAAUAAAAGAUCUCUUUCUGCA